CGCUCCUUUCUCCUCUCGUGGGUUCGCCCUUUUUUUCUUUUUCUCUCUUCUCCGUCUCCCUCUUUCCUUGCUGAUGUGCGUGGAAGCAGUCGGGUUGCGUGGCGCAUAGAAUUUCCAACCUCACGGCCAUCUCCCCUUGUCGCGCGCUGCUGGUGACGCCCCAGGCUCGCGUUGUUGUCGUUGAUUCGUUUUCCAACGGAGUUGCUGACCUUUGCUGAAUUGGCUGCCCUUUCCUGCCUCCUUCCGGCCGGAUCGGUGUUUCUCGCGUUUUUCUCGCUGGUAGUAGAACUGUAAAGAUCGGAUCUUGAAGAGAGUUGUUGCCGAAUUCAGCUGAGGUGGUUAAGUUGAUUGAUAUUGCGUUUGGUUGGGGAAAUUCUGCGUAGGAGAGCGUGUAAUCGAGGGAUAAAGGAGCGAUUUUGAGGGGAGUUUAUUUCGAUUCUUUAUCCGUUUUCGUUGUGAUGUGGAGCCACUGAAGGGUACAAAAAGAUCGGAUCGUCUGUAGCUUUGUAUCUGUCUUGACAUUGGGACUGUUGGGUUGAUCUGUCGUCAUGGAUUUGGGCAGCAGAAAGAAAGAGAAGGGUCCUGAAGUGAAGGAUUUGGGGGAUAAACCAAAACUAAAGGGAUUCAGAAGCUUUGGGAGUAACGAUAUGUUCUUCAGAGCAGACAAGAUUGAUUUGAAGAGCUUAGAUAUCGAGUUGGAGAAGCAAAUAAACAAAGCAUGGAGCAAAGAGAAUGGUGGUGCCAAAGGGCCGAAGGAGGAAUGGGAGAUUGAUCUAUCUAAGCUGGAGAUUCGCUAUGUUAUAGCUCAGGGGACAUAUGGUAUUGUGUAUAGAGGAACUUAUGAUGGGCAGGACAUUGCAGUUAAAGUGUUGGACUGGGGAGAAGAUGGUGCGGCCACAGAUGCUGAAAUUGCUUCUCUUCGGGCAUCGUUUAAGCAGGAAGUUGCUGUUUGGCAUAAACUUGACCAUCCAAAUGUUACAAAGUUUGUUGGGGCAUCAAUGGGAACUACCGAUCUCAAGAUUCCACAAAAGAAUUCCACAAGCAGUGGACAAACUUCACUUCCAACUCAAGCAUGUUGUGUUGUGGUUGAGUAUCUUCCUAGGGGAACAUUAAAGCAAUAUUUAAUCAAAAACAGGCGAAAGAAGCUUGCAUACAAGGUUGUUGUUCAGCUUGCAUUGGAUCUAUCGAGAGGAUUAAGCUAUCUACACUCGCAAAAGAUUGUGCAUCGGGAUGUCAAGACUGAGAACAUGUUACUGGAUGCCAAUUCGAAUCUCAAAAUUGCUGAUUUUGGGGUUGCCCGUGUUGAGGCUCAGAAUCCUAGGGAUAUGACUGGUGCCACGGGUACUCUUGGGUACAUGGCUCCAGAGGUCCUUAAUGGUAAACCUUACAAUAGAAAAUGCGAUGUAUACAGCUUUGGCAUAUGUUUAUGGGAAAUCUACUGUUGCGACAUGCCAUAUGCUAAUCUCAGCUUCGCAGAAGUCUCCUCUUCUGUUGUUCAAAAGAAUCUACGACCAGAGAUCCCACGGUGUUGCCCGAGUGCUAUGGCAAGCAUUAUGAGGAAGUGUUGGGAUGCCAAUCCAGAUAAAAGGCCCGAUAUGGACGAGGUCGUGCGGCAUUUAGAAGCACUCAACACAAGCAAAGGUGGUGGGAUGAUACCUGAAGACAAGGCACAUGGUUGUUUCUGCUUCACCACUAAACGCGGUCCAUAGGCAUAUUGUGCUGUACUUUUAUGGUAUACGAUGAGGAGCUUUGGAAUCCAAUUAUGCCAAAUUACUAUGUUGUUACUCGUCAGCUGCCAAAGUCAAGUGGUUGCAAAAAGGUUUCAUGCAUUGAUAUGGUGUGGGUUCUUGAAUAAAGGUUGACACCCUCUGCAGAGCUACUUACGGUCUUGACCUCCAUUAUGUAAAGCAUGUCUUGCAUUUGGCAGACAAAUAAUUGCUGCAAUUGCAUUUAUAUGAAGAAACGCAAACGUGUUUGUAUUUUGGUUUCAUCCUGAAAUUUGCAAAUAUUGGUGGGAAAAAUCCAAGUGAGGAACAUUACAA